AUGGUAGAAGUGAAGGAAAAGGUCAGAAGAAAAUUGGCGGGGUGGAAAGGGAAGUUAUUGUCCAUUGGAGGAAAGGAGAUUCUGAUAAAGGCCGUAGCGCAAGCGGUUCCUACCUACACUAUGAGUUGCUUCCUAAUCCCAAAAGGGCUAUGUGAAGAGAUAGAAGGGAUGAUAAGAAAUUUCUGGUGGGGGCAAAGGAAAGAGGAGAAGAAAAUUGCUUGGGUAAGCUGGGAGAAAAUGUGUAGAGCAAAGGCAGAUGGUGGUCUGGGCUUCCGUAACUUCCAUGCUUUCAAUCUUGCAAUGCUUGCUAAGCAGGGCUGGAGACUCUUGUCAAACCCGAAGUCCCUUUGUGCCAAAGUCUAUAAAGCUAGAUAUUAUACAAAUGGUGACAUUUUGAACUCAAAACUAGGCUGCAACCCUUCAUACACAUGGAGGAGCAUAUUUAAAGGCCUUGAAGUGGUUCAGAAAGGUUCCCGUUGGAGAGUUGGCAAUGGGAGACUCAUUCAUAUUUGGGAGGACAAGUGGCUUCCCACUCCAACAACCUACAAGGUAAUUUCUCCUCCUAGGCCUUUUGAUGAUUUUCCUAUGGUUUCGGCUUUAAUUGAUGUGGAUACCAAAAGAUGGAAGGUUGAUACUUUGAAAUCCUUAUUUCUCCCUUUUGAGGUCGAAACAAUCCUCAAUAUUCCGCUAAGCUAUAGUCUUCUUGAGGACAAAAUAAUUUGGGUGGGAAACAAGAGAGGGGAAUUUUUAGUGAAAGUGCGUAUUGUGGCACUCACUGUGAUCAGUCCGUCAGAUAGGGAUGUAGUGCUGCGAAGGAGAUAUGGGGUUUGUGGGGCUGAACCAUUGGAUUUUUCUGAUCUAGCUCUGAAGUUCUUAGAGGCAAGCAAUCCUAAAGAUCUUGAGAUUUUGGUUGUGGCUGCAUGGGCCAUUUGGCAUAAUAGAAAUUUGAAGGUGUUUGAGUCGGAUAGUCAGGGAGCUGAGCAGACUUGGGAUUUGGCCAUUAGUAUGAUCUAUGAUUUCAAAGAGGCUGAAAAAUUCUGCUCCCUGGGUCCGGCGGCUUGUGACAUUUGCUGGAGAAAGCCGCCUGAUGGAGUUUUCAAGAUAAACUCUGAUGGGGCAGCAGCUGACGAUGGGAGGCGAUCAAGUAUAGGCGUGAUUAUAAGGGACUUUAGAGGACAGGUUGUUGCAGCCCUUUGCCGUGUCCUUCCUAGCUGCUUCACGGUGGAUGAGACUGAGGGUUUGGCAAUUGAAGCUGGAAUCCUCCUUGCUAAGGAGCUGGACCUUAAUCAGAUCAUUAUUGAAUCAGAUUCUUUGUCUACUGUCCAACGCAUUCUGUCCAAGGAUUGCAGUGGGGGUUUUGGUCACAUUGUCAAUGGUAUUGUAAGCUUCCUUGAUGGCUUUAUGAGCUGGCAGAUUCGGCACCUGAAGCGGGACUUUAAUAGGGUGGCACAUGAACUAGCCCGGUUUGCUCACUGUAAUAACGUUUGCCAAGUGUGGAGGGGUGUCUCUCCUCCUGUGGUGAGAAAAUUGCUGCACUUGGACGGCUUGUAG